AUUGUUGUCAAAGGGUGUCAGUUGUCAGUAACGUUGUGGUAACGUCAACUUUAAAAAUGCCGGGAAUCUAACCUAACAUUUUCAGAAAAAAAUAUAGAAAAUUAAGUGAAAUAAAGCAUAUUUAUCAAAGCUUUACAGCAUCCUUUCUUUGAGAAUCUGUGCUUUUGUAUCUGGAGAUCUGUUUAACCAAAUUGUACUGUAUUUAUGUGUUUCAGUGAAUUGCUACUAUCUGUUGUUUUUUCCCUGGCCCUAGUACGUUUUGAAGUCUAAUCAAGAAGAAUUCAUCUGUACUGUAUAAUCGAAUUAACAAUGGAUAGAAGUUUUCAAAGUAGUUUUUCUACAAAAAGCCCUUAUUCGCCGAGAUCACGACAGAGCAUCUCUUCCUCGUCUAAAAGAAUUCUUCCUUCGUCGUUUAGGAAGUCCUCGCGGCUGAAGUCCUCUCAAUCAGUUCAGAUCAUUUUGAGGUCUGCACAGAACUAUGUGGAAAGAUUUGGCCAAUCAUUGCCAGUGUUGAUCACUGAAGCACUUACUUUUGCUGAUCGAAACCAGCUUGUGUCUGCGAGAAUAAGUGAAUCUGGUUAUGUAUGGAUAGUGUGUGGACGUCGACUUUUGAUUUGGCAGUAUAAGCAAGUGGCAACUCAGAGCAGUACCCCACAGACACCACAAAGGAAGCAUGCCAGCCUCAAUCAAUGCUAUGAGCUGCAGCUACCUCAAAGUGACCUUGCCCAUAAAGCUGAGUUGGUGUCUGUUUUCCAAACAAAUAUACACAGUACUCCUUCCUGUAUAGCCGUUUCACCAGAGGGAGUGGUGCGUUACUGGUCAGCAGUGGCGCAUGAAACAUCGUACGUAGAGCAGAGCGUGGAGUUACAGGGGCAAGAAUGCGACAGCCUGACAGAUGCGAGCGCAGAUAUAGGGUGCGUUCUGGCUACCACCACCUGCACUGUGGCCAUUAUCAGACCAUACCAGGACAGUGGUGGUGCGUGCAGGCCCAAGUUGCAUUGCAGGCCACUUACAAAGCCUGCUGGUUGGCUCGGAGGUAUCGGAAAACGUAUGUCGUCGUUGAUCUUCGGACCAUUAUCAGGUGGCGAGCAUGCUGCUGAAACACGAUUGGUUCGCGUGUUGACAGCGCCCUCUAUAGAUGGUGCGUACACUGUAUAUGUGUUGGCAGGUCAUUCAAUACAAAAAUGGCAGAUAAAACACAGGGAACAGGACCAACUCGCUUGGGCCUGCGAUGUAGCACGAUCCGUUAGGGAUAGAUUCAGGGCUGCAGUAUGGCCAGGCUGCGGUGGUGACCAAGCUGAGAUAGAUACUUGGUUACUCGACAUAAGACCGGAUAAAGAUGGAAUUAUCGUACUAGCUGGUGCUGUUAACAUGCACGCAUCACCUCAGGUCUCGCAUACUAGUUCCACUGAUUAUCUGGUCCAUUAUGCGCUCAUAUCCUUUGCGACUGAAGAAAACGCAGAUAUAAGAGACUUCUUUCUUCUAAAAAUUACGGGCCUGUACAGAGAGGAACAUUCCAGUGAAUCCUUGUCAUACAGGUUUCUGUUGUCGGGCAACACAGCUUACCUCUAUAACCUCAAAUCUGUAAUAGUGAUCAGGCCCCAAGAAGAUCCCGACACUGUCGAGUUCAAUGCAUCCCAGGACUAUUUAUUAGGAGGUUCCAUCUGCGGCGGUACUCCGGUAUUCUUCUCGAAGCUGCAUGGAUUAGUGUUGAUCUGCAGCAACUCCUCUGCUAUCGGAGACCAGACAACCGACUUUCUGAACCAAAGUGGAGUGAUGACACCUGUAGAAAGUUCUUUCGUGAACGAAACCCUGUCCACUGCUGCCAAUAACCUCUCCAUCUAUAACCUCAAUCCCGAGGAGGUUUACAAUGCAUAUAAGGACACCGUCGGACAGCUCAAGGCCGCCUUCAUAUUCCACAUCAAGGGACAGAAGAGAGAAUACCAAGAAAUCGUUUCUGAACUGUUUCCACCAGACAUGCAUGACGUACCGAACAUUGAUAGUACUUUGGAUAAGAUAACAAUUGAGAUGACCACCGACAUACUGAACGACAUUCCUGUCAGCGAUCCUAGGUGGACCAAGGACUCGCCUUCUAAUCCUGGCAUUGGAAGCUCUUAUUCAAUGCAGGUCAUGCUGCAACUAGAGGAUAAACAAAAAGCAUUCUGGUUCUUUGUGAGGUUUUUAAAAGAUUCUGGACUUUGGAAUCGACUUUCUGCUGUAGCUAUAAGAGGCACAGUUAUGGCAACCACUUCGAUCAUUGGCGAACUUGCAGAAAAAAUAACAGCCGCUAUAGUAUUGAAAAGCCUCCCGAACAGUUUGAUUCUUGAGAACGCAGUCGAAAAAGCCAUUAAAUACUUCGAUUCUGAGCCGAAGAACGGACUCACGAAUCAGGAUGUAUUUUAUAGGGAGGUUGGAAAAAUGCAUAGAGGCAUUCAAGAACUGGCAAACUGUUGUGAAGAAACUGCACAUUCCGAUUUGAGUCCUGGUCAAGUUGCUCAAGUGGUGCACGACACUAAUGAAAUUAUAUUGACUGUUAUGAAUGAAGUGAUCCAGUACCGGAACCAAAAUGCUGACCAUUUCGCACCCUCGGAUAUUGUGAAGUCGUUGAACAACCUGGAAUACCAGCCGUGGACGUCAGCACCAGGAGAAGAAGGAUUAGCUGAUGCCCUUCUCUUACAGCAUAAUUUAACCUACAACUACGGCCUUAAGCUGAUCGGUCAUGGCAGCCUACGGACAUCUUUGCUAGAUCAUUUCAUCGCCAUAACAGAUGUAAUGUUGGACGGAAGAAAAACACACCUGGAGAGUCUCCACCAAAAGGACACUUCCAGAGAACGAGCCUUGUAUAAAUUGUAUGCUUCAGACAGACAUAAAUUGAUUCAACCUUUGUUACAAGAAAAGGAAUGGGAGAAGGCAGCAUUGCUAGCAGAGAAGUAUUUAGACUUUGAGACGCUCGUGAUCAUAUGUGAGACGAACGACAACCAAAAGAGGCUGGAUGAGUAUAUUCAAAGGUUCGAUAACGACGGCUUUUCAGAAUAUGUAUACAACUGGUUCUUGAAACAGAACAAGCAAGGCAGACUUAUCGAUUGGUAUAGAAGGUCAGGAAAAACUAAAUACUUGGAUAAAUUGACCAGUUUUCUGAAAGAUCACCCGUCCAUUUCAUGGAUACAAUUAGUGUUUGACCAUAAGUUUGCCGCAGCAUCAGAAACAUUGCUACAUCUUGCUAAUGAGGAAACCGAAUCUGUGACUCGUCAGAAAACCAUGCUGAGCAUCAGUAAGCUGGCCAGCCUAGCAGCCCCUCCAGUCGCAGACAUCGAAGAAAAAAUCGACACAAUCAAUCACAAACUGGAGUUGGUCACUCUCAGGGAAGAGGUACCAGACUACGUGUUGCAGCAAUACGGCUAUGAUACUGUCACACCUCGAGUCAUACCUCCAAAGGAUCUGAUCCAUCUGUACACGUGUUCAGAGUAUUCGGACGCUACCGAACUAGAGUUUAAAAAAGCGAUUGACAUAUUGCCGUUCGUCGAGGAUCCCGAACUGCGCGAGGAAAUGCAACUGAAGAUUUGGAGAACUGCUAUUCUCAGAGACAACUGGAAUUAUCAAAAUUUGGAUGCGCCACUGGAAGUCCUGCAAAGGACAUUAUUUUUCAGAAUUGUUGAGCUGUCCCUCGUCUUAGGUGCGAACCCACAAGAUAUUCUUCCGCCUUUGGAUGUCUUGAUAGAAGCCGAGUCUAUGAAGACAUUGCAGGACAAUAACAGUUUUCAGUUUUUGAUCAAAACCGCCUACGAAUAUGUUUAUCGGACUCAAGUAUUGUAAUCACUUAAGCAAAGCUAACUCAACUGCCAUAAAAUACCUCCACCAUGAGCUGCGGAAGAUACAGUCAAGCAAUGAAGGAGAGGAUCUAGUGGUUUCUUGAACCUAGUUGUGGUUAACGAGAAAAGUAUAUUUGAAUAUUUUUUGUAUCAAGAAUAAAGUUACGUUAUUUCUCUAGACUUAAUGCUACUGCAAUCGUAACAUAUUUUCUACUAGUUGAUACGAGGUUUGUAAAUUAAGUGAUGAGACUGAUUUUUUAAUUUUUUUAUCCGAAUUUAAUUACAAUUUUAUAUUGUCACCCUCAAAAUAACUUCUGAAGUCCCACAGCGCCGGAGAAGAUUCUUCACUCCUCAUAGCACGACGAUCUGAAUGCACAAGAUCCAGAAUUCUGUUGAUAUUUUCAUCGGUUCUUGAAGAUGAAGUUCAUCUUCAAUCGACUCCCUCAUGAAAAUACCUUAAACCAUAAAAAAACCUGGUCUCUUGACAAAACACUAUCUCCGUAGGUCGGCUGAAGAUUAGCAAGACUUUCUGUUGCACUAUGGCCAAGUCUGAAGCGAAAAGCCGUUGCU